AUGCGCCCUGUGGCUGGCGGUGCUUUCAGGGCUGUGCUCCUGGUCUUCGCCUCCGUGUGUGCCUGGUAUUCUGGGUACUUGCUCGCAGAGCUCAUUCCAGACGCACCCCUGUCGAGCGCCAUCUAUAACAUCCGCAACAUUGGGGAGAAGCCUGUCCUCAAAGCCCCAGCUCCCAAAAGGCAAAAAUGUGACCACUGGACCCCUUGCCCCCCUAAUACCUAUGCCUACCGGUUACUCAGUGGGGGUGGCAGAAACAAGUACGCCAAAAUCUGCUUUGAGGAUGAGCUGCUCAUAGGAGAAAAGACUGGAAAUGUUGCCAGAGGAAUAAACAUUGCCAUUGUCAACUAUGUAACUGGGAAUGUGACAGCAACCCAAUAUUUUGACAUGUAUGAAGGUGAUAACUCUGGACCCAUGACAAAAUUCAUUCAGAGUGCUCCUCCAAAAUCCCUGCUCUUUAUGGUGACCCAUGACGACGGCAGCAGCAGACUGAAGGACGAUGCCAAGAACGCCAUAGAAACACUUGGAAGUAAAGAAAUCAGGAACAUGCAGUUCAGGUCAAGCUGGGUAUUUCUUGCAGCAAAAGGGUUUGAACUGCCUUCUGGAAUUGAGAGAGAAAAGAUCAAUCACUCUGAUAAUAAGAAGAACAGAUAUUCUGGCUGGCCUGCAGAGAUCCAGAUAGAAGGCUGCAUACCCAAAGAACCAAGCUAGCUCGGCACAGUACUUAAUAAAUGUGUUUGUGUAAAAAAAUGCAAUGGGAUGGCAAGAAUCUUAUACCUUUAAAUCCUACAGUCAAUAUUUGAUGCAUAGUUGGGGUUUGUUGCAAACCAAUGAAUAUUUGCUAGCUGUAUCAAAUCUUGGUAUACAGUAUUUUUAUACCAAUAUUUACAUAUUGAAGAUAUCAAUAAGCAGGAAAGCCAAGUGAAUGGAAAUUCUU